ACAUCGAAUUCACCUGAGACCACUCUUUUGAUUUCAACUACAAACUCAUACGUGGAUUCCUGAAGGAAGGACAGACAAAAAGGCCUCCUUUUCUCUCUUCUUCUAUUGAUUCAGAUCAGGUCUUCGUGUGCCAGAAUUUCAAUACGCGAUAGGUUAGGGGUCAAAGGGUGGUGGAUGGGAAUUCAGACAAUGGGUUCUUAUGAAACUGGGCAACAGUCUCAUUUACAGCCAUUGGGAAGGCAAAAUUCAUGGUUUAGUCUCACCCUUGAUGAAGUUGAGAACCAGUUGGGAAACUUGGGUAAACCAUUGGGAAGCAUGAACCUUGAUGAGCUACUUAAAAAUGUGUGGACAGCUGAAGCAAAUCAAUCGAAUGGGAUGAACAUUGAUGAUUCUUCUCGAGCAGCUUCUCUACAGCGUCAGGCCAGCCUAACACUUGUGAGGGCUUUUAGUGGAAAGACGGUUGAUGAGGUGUGGAGAAAUAUCCAACAUGGGCAGAACAUGAGGAUUAUUGAGGAGAUUAAUAGUCAGGAGAAAGAGCCAACUCUUGGUGAGACGACUUUAGAGGAUUUCUUGGUAAAAGCAGGGCUUUUUGUUGCAGAAGCUUCUUUAGGACAAGUUAUGGGGUUGGAUAAUGCCUUGACAUCGCCAACUUUUACCCCACAACUAGGCUUGUCACCUUCCCCUUCAAUUGAUGCACUAUCAGAUACACCAACGCCCAGGAGGAAGAGGGAUGCUGGAGACUUUGAGAAAACCCAUGAGAGGAGGCUUAGGAGAAAGAUCAAGAACAGGGAGUCUGCUGCACGUUCACGAGCAAGAAAACAGGCUUACCACAAUGAGCUAGUGAGCAAGGUUUCACGUCUUGAAGAGGAAAAUAUGAAGCUCAAAAAGGAGAAGGAAUUAGAGAAGAUGCUGUCAUGUGACUUACCUCCAGGACCAAUAUAUCAGCUCAGAAGAACAAAUUCGUUCUGACAUGUUGAUCAGUAUGAAAGUUUUGUAGAUCCCUUAAAGUGGUAGGAUUGUGCUUGUGGGUUUAGGAGAGAGCUGUGUUGGGGCUAUAUUUGUAGGGGUUGCUUGUUGUAUUGCUGCUCAUGUCCCUUGCCUCCCACCCAUCUACUUAGUUUUAUUAAAGCUUGCUUUCAUUGUAAAUUAAUAGAUAUACUUAUCCUAGUAUAUGAUUAAGGUUUAUGUAGCAACAAACCAUGUUUAAAUGUCCAGGAUCUGUUUGUUUUAAUGGAAAAUCAAAUCAGAAAAAGAAAU